UUUAUGUGGAAGUUCCAAAAAUUGUGCGUUGUAUUUAAGUAAUAAACUUUGUGCGGUAUAUUUCAUAUUCUUCGCAUUACAAUGGAAGUCGCAAGCAAAAACAUGGAAGCUGCAAGCAACGACAUGGAAGACGCAGUCGACGACAUGGAAACUGAAAUAAAGUCGGAAUCGGCCGGCAAACCAGAACGGAAAACUAAAUUGAAUGUUCAAAGUGUGUUGAUUCCCCGCAACCGGAGAGCGGCACUGAAGGAGAAUUGGAUGAAGAUUUUCACCCCAGUCGUCGAACAGCUAUCACUUGCGAUCCGAUACAACAUUGAAACACGCCGGGUCGAGAUACGGGCGAGUCCGAACACAACAGAUUUGUCGCACAUUCAAAAGGCGGCCGAUUUCGUGCGGGCGUUCGCGAUUGGGUUCGAGGUGGACGAUGCGCUGGCACUGAUCCGGCUUGACGAUCUCUUCAUCGAGACCUUCGAGGUGACGGACGUGAAGCCGUUGAAGGGAGACCACCUGAGUCGCGCCAUCGGGCGUGUCGCCGGCAAGGGGGGCAGGACGAAGUUCACCAUCGAGAACACGACCAAAACGCGUAUCGUAAUGCAGGGCCAGAAGAUCCACGUCAUGGGAAGCUACAAAAACAUCCAGCACGCCAAACGGGCACUUAGCCAUCUGAUUCUGGGAUCUCCCGCAAGCAAAGUGUACGGAAAUCUGCGUGCGGUAGCCGCGAACCAACACUCGCAGCGCAUGUAGAAAUAGAAGUGAUUAGGUUUACGGAACAGGUCCCCGGACUUCCUUUGUCCGAGCAGCCGUAUGAGCAUGUUUGCUUUUUCGCCGAAUUGCUGAAGGGAAGAAUUAUUUAUGCAGUAGCAUAAAUGCGUGUAAACAAGUACUGCAUUUUGUUUGAUUGUAUAAAUGAGAAGAAAAGAUUCAAUAAAAUUUGUAAGAAUUAUCCGUUGGAGGAACAUUAGCAAUAAAGCCUGAAUUUCUUUUUAAAUUAUAA